AUGGGUUCAAGUCGUUCCCGGAAGAGCUCCAGGACAUCGUCCAAGGCGUCGGAAAUACCGCGACCCACUAGUCCAGAGGUGGCGCUUUAUGUGAACGAGACGUAUGCGCAGGCGUAUGAGCAGCGGAAGCGCAAGGAGGAGCUCUCGGCGCUCGAGAAACGAGGACUUUACGCCCAGGACAAUGACGAGGAAGAGUCGGACUCCGAGACGGAAGACGAGGACGGGGAGGAGCUCACCCAGGAGUUGGGCGCGGAUAUCCGCAAGACGCUCAAGCUCAUUCGGAAGAAGGAUCCGGUUAUCUACGACUCAUCCAUUACGUUCUUUAAGCCGCAAGAGGACACCGAGAAGGAUGUUGUGGAUAGUACUAAACACAGUAAGAAGGCGAGUUCUGCGCCUUUGCACUAUAAAGAUCUAGUGCGGCAGCAGGCGAUUGCAGGUGACGUCAGUAGCAGUGACGAAGGGGACGAGAUGGAGGGUGUGCAAACGUAUGCAGAGGAACAGGCAGAGAUUAAGAAGGAUUUCUUGUCGUCGUUGAGGAAGGAGGAACAUAAAGAGGGGAGUGAAGAAGAAGGAGAUGGUCUGGAUGGGGGACUGUUUACGAUGAGAAAGAAGGGCGAUGGAGGGGAACUGGGUCCUGAGAAUGAGGUCUAUGAUGAGAGCAUGUUUCGAUCGAAGCUGCAGAAGGACGAGCUGAACCCGGAGAAGUUUCUAGAGCAUUACCUCAGUAGCGAAGGCUGGAAGGACAAAACAGCAGUGAUUCCCCAUUACGACGAUAUUGUUAAAGAGGAUGAAGAGGACGCUGAAGCGCUGGAGAAGGCAGAAGAAUUUGAACACACGUACAACUUUCGCUUCGAGGAGCAAGGAAGUAGUGUGAUCCAGACGCAUGCGCGUCAUAUCGAUGACACGGUGCGUCGGGAAGACGAUUCGCGGAAGCGAAAACGUGCCGAGCGAAAGUCACGCAAAGCAUAUGAGCGGCAAAAGAAGGAGCUGGAACUUCGUCGUCUGAAGAAUCUCAAACAGGCUGAGAUCGAACAGAAGCUGAAGAAGGUCGCCCGGCUCGUGGGUAAGGAAGAAGGCACCAUAGGUUUGAAGGCAGAGGAUUUGGAGGGUGAGUUCGACCCGGAAGAGCACGACAAGUGCAUGCAGGCUAUCUUUGACGAACAAUACUACGAUGAGGACAGUACUGAUAUGGAGAAGCCUACGUGGGACGAAGACGAGGACAAAGAAUUGCUUGCUGGUUUGCCGACUGAUCCCGAGGAGGAAGAAGAGCAGGAUGGUGGGGAAGCCGAGAAGGAAGACGAAGAGGAGUUGAUGCCAGAGGGCGAAGCCAGGCAGGAUGAAGAGGAGGAAGUGCUGCCGAAGAAGAUGACGUUGGAAGAGAUGCGGCGUAGAAAGCAGGAGUACCUCGACGAGCUGUACAGUUUGGACUACGAAGACUUGAUUGGAGAUAUCAAGUGCCGCUUCAAGUAUCGCCGGGUCCAGAGCAACGACUUUGGUCUCACUGCAGACGAGAUAAUGGUGGCUAACGACAAGGAACUUCAACAACUUGUGUCUCUCAAGCGCAUGGCACCCUAUGCAGAUACCGAGUACUCGGUCGACCGUAGGUUGCUCAAAAACCUCAAGAAGAGCGUGCAGGAGACUCGUGAAGAGAAUCGUCGACGCAAGCCGAAAGAGGAGACCAGAGAUAGUAGCGAGAUACAGAGUGGCGAGGUUGAGCAGCCAAAGAAGAAACGAAAACGCAGCAAACAGAAGAAAACUAUCGAGGAAGGAGCGAUGCCAGGAGAAGGUGAAGCGACAUUGGAUGAGGGGUCUGUAACUCAGAGCAAGAAAGCUGAGACGGAAAAGCUUGAGCCAGUGGUGGCGAAGACUGCAGACGAAUCUGAAAAGAAGAAGAAGCAUCGGAAUAAAAAGAAGAAGAGCAGCGACCAGAAUGUAUUUGCAUCUACAGGUCUCCCGUCUUCUCGACUCGAGUCUUACAAGCUGGUGAAAGCUGCUAAAAAGUAG